GAAGGGGACCCAGGAACACACUGUUAGAGACAGACAGGGGCUAAUAUAAGAGACAGGAGGCUGAAGAGAGACAGAGGAGUGGACAAACUAGAGGAGGAGGUGGAGUCUGGACUGAGAGGACGCUAAAAAGAGUGGAUCACGAAAAGGAGCCUUCAAAACAGAGAAAUCUUGCUGAGUGGGCCACUGACACAGAAGGUGAGACACAGGCUGGAUGUGGAAUAAACUGGAGCCUGGCAAGAGUUCAACUGGUGAACUAAAUUAUCAUCACUGAAGGAAUUACUAAAAACAUAAACAGACAGAACUGUCAAAAUGCACCGGGGAGAGCAGAAGACAAUCCAACAUUAUUAAAAACCAAAAGAAGAAGGUGAGAUACCACCCACAGAGAGAGAGACUGAGUAUACCACACACAGGCUUUAUCACAGCCAAUCAUACCGCAACUGAGCAACAAACACUAACAAUUAACAAACACAUUAACAAAGCCACACAGAGAGUAUUUAUAGAAUACACACCUUCGCACAGUGCGUGACUAUAACACAUACGCUAAAUGCCCAUAACUCAAGCUUACAGUUUAGACUAUGGUCAGGGAGCAUAGAGAAUCUUGGAUGACACAGAAGGGCAGACUGACUGACUGAGAAGCAGAAGAUUGGUGAGGCUUCACAGACAACUCUCACGGCACUUAACACUAUGAACACUUCAUGUGGAGGACAACAAAAACACUACAAACUGAUCUGAACCAAAUUUUGGAUUGUCUUCUCCACUUCAAAAACCACCUUGGAAAUCAAAGAAGACCAUCUCCAAACCAUUGACCAGAGCAUCUUCUUCAAGUCAAGAUCCUAAGAACCAUCAUCAGCCUAAGGUCAACCUGAAACUGUGGACUCUUCCAAAAGACGUCUGGUCACCUCCCCAUGAAGGGAUGGAAGCUGUGUACUGAGCUGCCUACAAGGAGUUGAGUGAAGUGGACGUUCACCUACUGAGACUGCAGCAUGAAGCUCAGGCAUGGGGCAAGAGGGGCACUGCUGUCCUUAUUGAUAAGCUUAUUGCUGACUACAUGCAAAACACAUGAGAGUGACGAGAGUCUUGAGCUCCAGGAGGAGAACAAUACUGUCAGCACUGAGAGCCCUGAGACUGUAUCCUCUGACAUAGCCUUCGUGAGCCCCCACAGGACAUGGAUAGUUUUUAGGGACAACUCCAACAAGGGUGGAAAUAAGAAACCAAGAGGAAACAAAAGACUCUCCAAGCAUGGCCUUCCAGGUCCACCAGGCCCUCCUGGUCCCCAGGGGCCUCCUGGUCCUCCGGGCCCCCUACUGCCACAUCAUGAAGAAUUGAUACAGGACUUUCAAGUCAAACUGAAAGAGAUGGUAAGAACCCACUGUCUGCUCUGUGAUCAGCCCCCUCGUGUGGCGACGGCUUUCCGCUGCCGACUGCACCACAACAUGCUGGUCCAUCGUCGCAGUCUGCAGGAGCUCCAGCCCUUCAACGCUCCGUCAAACACAGAGCAGUUCCAUCAGAGAGGACAGGGCUUCAACACCAGCAGUGGCCGAUACACAGCUCCCAUGUCUGGGUUCUACCAGCUCACAGCUAGUCUGCAACUGGAAUCCAAUGAGCCUCAGAAGAAGCCUCAGGCCAGGCAGAGGGACAGUGUCAAGGCGUCCAUAUGUAUAGAGUCUCUUUGUCAGAGUAAUGUGUCUCUGGAGACAGUGACUGGAGUAAGUGCUACAGGGGGAGUAUUCAGUAUUCUCCUCACAGGAACUCUUUACCUACAGGCUGGAGAGUAUGUGUCUAUUCUAAUCGACAAUGGAACAGGCUCCGCCCUCACAAUUCUCCAAGACAGUCUGUUUUCUGGCAUCCUUAUUGGAGUAUGAGGACACAAACAGAAACCAAUGACUACCAAUAAUCCAGCAAUAAUCACCCAACAAAAUACACAUCUUUAUUUAGGUAAGGGUAUUGAGGACAUAGUUGAAUAAUAAUUGCAUAAGAGGGAGGACUCUUUUCAAGCACUUAAAAGAGAAUCUAAGCAGCUUCAGUAAUUAUCUUAACAUUGUUGCCAGGGCAGCAGGAUAGCACUGCUAUUUCUUUCCAAAAUAAUGGCAACACCUAAAUGCUGUUCAUAAAGAUGUAUGUAAUUUUGCCAUGUGGUAUGUUAAUACUGUAUAUUCCAUUCUCACAGGGUUGAAGUUGUAUUUAUUUGUAUUUGCUUUUGAAACAAUUGCUGAUAUUUGUGUAUGUUUGUAAUAAAACACUUCUAUAACUGUUGAAA